AGCAUGGUUAGUGGAGAAAGUAGGGAAGCAAGUGCAAAAGGCGACUCAAAAAUCAAAGGGGUGUCUAAAGCCAAAUCCCAUCAUUAUGAUUGAGGCAGUAGCGACCUCUGACACAAGUCAUCAUUGAACAUCUGCAUUGUAUCGACUAUAUCAUCAUCAUCAUCACACACACACACACACACAGGUAGGUCCACAGCUAUAUUAUCUUUUCUUGCAAUAGGCCUUAUGAAAAAGCUGUAACUCCUCUGCCAAAGAAAAAGACCACCCCAUUUCUCCUCAUUCUGUCCCCCCCUUGUUCUCUUCUCUCUCUUCUCUCUAUAUAACUCCAACGCACGUCAACUAAAGCUUUCCUGUUUCUUUACUUUUCAUUUUCGGCUAUACCUAGAGAGAGAAAUAUGGCCGAGAGAGAUGAUGGGCUGGGCUUGAGUUUGAGCUUGAGAUGCCCGGAGACUCACAAUCAUGAUCCUCCGCCGCCGCCGCCGCCGCCGUCGCGACCCACGGCGGCCUCCUCCUCCUCCUUUCCGUUUAAUCUAUUCAGGUCUCCUUUGCCAUUUAUGCACCACCAGCAUAAAUCUGAUGCGUUCCACCAAUCUUCUGAUGGGAAUAUGGAGGCGCGAUCGAUUUUCGGAGGAAUCGAUGUGAACAAGGCGAUAACAGUGAUCGACUGCGACGAGGAGGUGAUGGUGUCGUCUCCGAACAGCACGGUGUCGAGCCUGAGCGGGAAGCGGAGCGAGCGAGAGGAGAACGAGGGCGAGAGGGCGUCGAGCUCCCUCGAGAUCGACGACGACGGCGACGCCGCCGCCAGGAAGAAGCUGCGCCUCUCCAAGGAGCAGGCGGCGGUGCUCGAGGAGACCUUCAAGGAGCACAACACUCUCAAUCCGAAGCAGAAAAUGGCGUUGGCGAAGCAGCUGAAUCUGCGGCCAAGGCAAGUGGAGGUGUGGUUCCAAAACAGAAGGGCAAGGACCAAGUUGAAGCAAACGGAGGUGGACUGUGAGUAUCUGCGGCGGUGCUGCGAGAAUUUGACGGAGGAAAACCGGCGGUUACAGAAGGAGGUGAACGAGCUGAGGGCAUUGAAGCUUUCCCCUCAGCUCUAUAUGAAUAUGAGCCCCCCCACCACCCUAACCAUGUGCCCGCAGUGCGAGCGCGUCGCCGUCUCGUCGUCGUCCUCGUCUUCCGCGGCGGCGCACCACCACCAGAGGCCGCCCCCGCCGUGGGCCGCCCUCGACCCCAGGACGUAGGGAGAUGGAAUUUGUAAUUGUAAAGAGAAGUUGUUGUGUGGAUAGAUUAUGAUGUUGGGGAUAGAGGUGACAAUCUAACCUUUGGAGAAGUUAGAAAAUUUGACUAGUGUACCAACAACAUGAAUCAUUGGCUCAAUUUUUGUCUAAUGAUGAAUGUGCUUUUGGGGAUCCAA